GGAAUAAUUACUAAUAAAUCCAUGUCGUGGAUGUGGAAUCGCGCGAGUCUUCGCUUCUUCGCUGUUUCGCGCUAAGACUUGCAGCGCGCCAACCACGAGCCCCAUUCUGUAGGUGGACUCCGAUUGCUCGAAAACUUGGAUUUGUCAGUAUCCAGCAUUCAACCGCGUGGAGGAAGGAUCUAUUUUAUAUUCUAGUGGUCCAGCGUUGUCUGUUGCGAUUUGUAUCCAUGUCGCAAAGGCUCUCUGUCAACUACCACUGAACCUAUUCUUUCUACCGCUUGUCGUCAUUACAUCAUACCACUACACAAUCACCCUUGAUAAGGAUAUGACUGAGCCCAACGUGCCCCCAGCAAUGGCACAUGAGGAGACAGACUUAUCUCCAAGCGCUACAGAAGAUAUGGCUACACAAACACCGCCGAAUUCGAAGAACCCUGCGAAGGGAAGCAGGGUUGAGCUGAGCCAAUGGCUUGACGAAAAGUUCGACUGGUCGUGGUUUACCGCCACGCAGUCUACAGGAGGAUUUGCUAUUGCUCUGGCGGAAUGUCCGAAGCAGUUUCACGGCUUACAGACUAUUGGAACCAUUGUCUUUGUGGCAAAUCUCAUUGUAUUUCUAUCUUUCAAUGCACUGAUGAUUAUACGGUUCUCGACUAAUCCUGGGAGACUGCGGAGAAGCCUUACAGUAGCGCCAGAGUGUUUCUUCUUUGGGUCAUACUGGUUGACGAUUGCGGGCAUCAUAAUGUGCAUGCAGCGAUAUGGUGCGCCGCACGUUGGAGACUGGCUUUUGGUGGUUGUGAGGAUUCUCUUUUGGACAUAUGCUGCAGUCACCUUUGUGUCGACAUCGCUACAUUUCGUUGUUGUUUUCGAGUACACCACGGUUUCAGCCAUCGACAUGAGCCCGGCGUGGUUUUUCCUUAUCUUCAACUCGAUGCUUACGGGUACAGUCGCCGCAAAUAUUGCACCAGCGCAACCGCCAGAUCAGCGGUGGCCGAUUAUCAUUGCUGGUGUUGCAUACCAGGGGCUUGGCUGGCUAGUGAGCAUGCUUAUACUCAGCUGGUUCUUUGGAAGAAUGAUGGAAAAGGGCUGGCCCGAGCCAAGCAUGACGCCCAGUCUGUUUAUUACCAUUGGAACGGCAGGCUACACAAUUGUCGCUCUUAUAGGGUUGGCGCAAGCCAUUCCUAAUAAUCAUGGCUACUUUGAAAAACAUCCCAUGGCACCGGAGAUUCUCCGUAUUGUUGCCACCUGGACUGGUAUAUUUAUGUGGCUUUUCAACUUUUGGCUGUUUAGCAUCGCGUUUCUGAUAACAGUCGCCGGCUCUAUAAGGCGCCAGGAAGGACGAUGGGUAUUUCCCAUGUCAUUUAAUAAUGGUUGGUGGGCCAUGAUCUUCCCAAAUGUUGGGUUUACGCUGGGUACCAUAUAUAUUGGAGAGGAGCUGGAAAGCAACGCCAUUAAAUGGGUUGGCGUUGGAAUGAUUUUAGUUCUAGCAGUCUUUUGGAUGAUGGAUGUGUUCUUGAUGUGCCGGGUAAUGGCAAGAGCGGUGUUUCAGAAGUCACGGGUCGGGCCUUGAUAGAUUAUCAUUUCAGAAUGCGUUGAGCUGUUCAUAGUCGUAUGUUGUUCGUGGAUUGAGUGCACGGCCUGUUGUUUCAAGUCUCUGAACGCACCAACGCAGGUUAGCGCGGUCAGACGAACAGCAGCCUUGCCAGUAGGCCGGCGAAUAGCACGGGCCCUAAAAUUAGACACGGAGUAUCGUUUCAUCUGCACCACGCAAAUCACCUGUGUUUGAAGCCAAGCGAUAAAGUAGCGGCCGAUGUCCUUAGUGCCGGAGCGUGUUCAUGCGGCGACGAUUCUACGCUGGGUGGCGUGUGGAGGGAGGGAGCUUUGUGCUGGCUGC